AAGUUCAUACCGAAGUUUAAAAAACAAAACACUAAAGCCAUUCUGGUUAUACCUGUAUGCAAAAAAUUCACUGCACCCAAAGUAUUUCAUAGUUAACCAACAGAAAAUUUUGUUUUCUUGAGUUAAUAUGUAUUAUUUUAGUUUUGCAUCAUGAACAUCAUGGUGAAAAGAUGUUCAUUGGUGUUCAAAUUAAUAAAUCAAUGUUUGAAUAUUAGUUUCUCUUUGAAUGAGUAGACAGUGAAGCUGAUUGAUCUCUGACUCACUUUCCUGUGAAACAAAGGUGUGACCUAAAAUUAAUUAAUUAUUGAUUUCUAACAGACGGAGAAAAUGACCUCAUCUAAUUUCUGCAUUUUGAUCACAUAAAUGUUCAGUUUUUGUCACCACAUACAUGUUUGCGUCUGCAGGUUUAUUUCAUUUAUAACGUCACAGUGUUUGUAAAAAGUCUGAGCUGUACAGCAGCUGCAUCACUACAGAUAUCAGUACUCAUAAAGAGUUCUGCACUCACUCUGCCCUCUGAUUGAAACUCUCCUUUUUCUCCAGGACAAGUAAUAUCUCACUGAAAGACAUCAUCUCCACAAGUGUGCUGAUCAGUUCAGGACCUCCUGCUGUCUACCAGCUCAGACCACAGAAACAGAAGUUUGGAACUCUGACGAGAAUGAGUGUUGGAGAAAGAAAUCAAUACAAGACAAACAGAACCAUCUUACUGGUGGGAGAAACAGGAGCAGGGAAAUCUACUCUGAUCAACGCUCUGCUCAACUACACCAUGGGAGUGAAGUGGGAGGAUAGAGUCUGGUUUAAGGUCGUGGAGGAGGAGAGAAGUAAGUCAGAAACUCAGACAUCAGAUGUGAUCGUGUACGAGAUCUUUGGUUUUGAAGAUAAAACUCUGCCCUACUCUCUGACCAUCAUCUAUACUCCUGGAUAUGGAGACACCAGAGGGACCGAACAUGAUGACAUCAUCAGUCAAAGAUUGUUGGACUUGUUUGGAUCAGAUGAUGGAGUUCAUGAAGUUCAUGCAGCGGGUUUGGUGUUGAAGGCGAGUGAUAAUCGACUGAGUGAGCGACUGAAGUACAUCCUUGAUUCAGUGAUGUCUCUGUUUGGAAAAAACAUGGAGAAAAACACUGUAGCUCUGAUCACACACUCAGAUGGAAGAAGGCCUAAAAACCCUCUUCAAGCUCUUGAAGCUGCAAACAUUAAAUGUGCCAAAAAUGAGAUGAAUGAGCCAGUUUACUUCCUGUUUAAUAACUGCCAGCUUGAAGAUGAGGAAGAAGAAUUUCUGAAACUAUAUUUUGAAGUAUCAGAGAGAGGAAUGAGAGAGUUCGCAACCUUCCUGAAAGAAACUACACCUUUGAAGCCAGAGGCAACUCCUGAAGUGUUAAAAGAAGGUAUCAGACUGACAGCCUGCAUCCAAAACCUGCAAGAAAGAAUCAGAUUCACUGAAGUGAAACAAAGAGAGAUGAAACAGACUCAGGAAGCUCUGGAGAAACAUGACAACAUGAUGACUGAAGAGGUCCCUCCAUUUGUUGUUCAGGUUUUUAAACAUAAAGAACCUAUCAGAGCAGAGACGUGUGGGCCGGGUUUUAAAGCAGCUGUCAGCUGUACAGACUGUGAGGAGAACUGUCACUAUCCUGGAUGCACGGUGCCCUUAAAUCACUGUGAGGUCUUUCAAGAUGGUCUCUGCACGUCAUGUAACAACAAGUGUCCUGCAUCAGUGCAUGUGAAAGAAAAGUGGAGACAUGUGACCAGGAUAAGGAGCGGUCAGAAGAACGAACCACCAACAAAAGAGAAGGAUGUUGAUUUACUUGGAAAGGAAAUGAACCGACUGACAGCAGAGAAGUCCCAGUUCCUGGAUGAGUCCUACCAACAUGUUGUCAGACUGGAGCAGAUCGCUCUGAAAGCUGAUUCAUUGUCCACUAUUGUCCACUUGGACUUCCUGAUUGAGAAGAUGAAGGAGGAAGGAGACACAGAGAAGGUCCAGAAACUGGAGGAGAUGAAAAGCAGGGUGGAUGAAAAAACCGAAAAAGCAGCACAUUGGUACAUGCAAAUACCAUCAGCUAUGAAAAACAUUGGUAGAUCCUGGCAUAAGUGAAACAUGUAAAGAAGCAUCAGGCAGCUGUGUAGAUGGCUUUUCCCCCUUGAUACUGCUGUAUGCUACAUAUUCAGAUGUACACCACAUGGGUUUUUGUUUUUGCUUACAGAUGGCAUAUUACUUUU